AUGUCCACCGCUGCUGCUCAACGAAACAAUAACGAGGAGCCCGGGCUUCACGGUACGUACUUCCGCCUCUCUCUCAACCUCCAAGGCCCCAAAACUACUUCCGCUAUCCCGGCAGAGCAGUUAGGCGACAACCUGAUAGUUCCCGGGGGAGUUAAGACCAUAGAGGCUCAUGGGAGAAUGGUGUUGCCGGGGGGGAUCGACGUGCACACCCGGUUCCAGAUGCCGGACCGAGGCAUGGUGUCGGCGGACGACUUCUACCAGGGCACCAAGGCGGCGCUGGCGGGGGGGACCACGAUGAUCAUCGACCACGUGGUGCCGGAGCCCGGCGUCAGCCUGGUGGCAGCUUUCAAACAGUGGAGGGAGUGGGCCGACAGCAAGUGCUGCUGCGACUACUCGCUGCACGUGGACAUCACCGAGUGGAACAAAGGCACCCAGGAGGAGAUGGAGGCCCUGGUGAAGGAUCACGGUGUCAACUCUUUCCUGGUCUAUUUGGCUUAUAAGGAUGUUUUCCAACUUUCUGACUCUGAGAUCUAUGAGGUGUUCAGCGUCAUCAGAGACCUCGGGGCCAUUGCACAGGUGCAUGCUGAGAAUGGAGACAUCAUUGCAGAGGAGCAGAGACGUAUUCUGGAGCUGGGGAUCUCCGGCCCUGAAGGCCACGUGCUCAGCCGCCCAGAGGAGGUGGAGGCCGAGGCGGUCAACCGCUCCGUCACCAUUGCCAACCAGACCAACUGCCCCCUCUACGUCACCAAGGUGAUGAGCAAGAGCGCCGCUGAUGUCAUCGCCCUUGCAAGGAAAAGAGGUGCUGUGGUUUACGGAGAGCCCAUAUCGGCCAGCUUGGGUACGGAUGGGACUCAUUACUGGAGCAAGAACUGGGCCAAGGCGGCUGCCUACGUCACGUCUCCUCCGCUCAGUCCCGACCCCACCACCCCCGACUACCUCAACUCUCUGCUGUCCUGCGGGGACCUGCAGGUGACCGGCAGCGCCCACUGCACCUACCUGACGUCCCAGCGGGCGAUAGGAAAAGACAACUUCACUCUGAUCCCCGAGGGGACCAACGGCACCGAGGAGAGGAUGGCCCUGGUCUGGGACAAGUGUGUGGUGAGUUGGACGCGACCCACUUUCAGACGUUCCUACCGGGAAGUAGAGAGAGUCAGAUAUUUCUUUAAUUCAUCCGGCUCUCUUCCCCAGGCGGUGGAGUACAACAUCUUCGAGGGCACGGAGGUGCGAGGCGGGCCGGUGGUGGUGAUCAGCCAGGGCAAGAUCGUGUUGGAGGAGGGCAGCCUCCACCCCACGGAGGGCUGCGGCCGCUACGUCAGCCGCAAACCCUUCUCCGACCACGUGUACAAGAGGAUCAAGGCUCGCAGCAGGCUUACAGAGGUGCGAGGCGUCCCCCGGGGCCAGUACGACGGGCCGGUGUGUGAGCUGACUGUGACUCCCAAGCUGACGUCCACCGUCUCCGCUGUGAAGACGGCUACCGUGAAGCAGCCGCCGCCGCCGCCGCAGCAGGUCCCUCAUCAGCCGGUGCGCAACCUGCACCAGUCUGGCUUCAGUCUGUCUGGGGCUCAGAUUGACGACAACGUUCCUCGUCGCAACACCCAGCGCAUCGUGGCCCCGCCGGGGGGGAAGGCCAACAUCACCAGCCUGGGAUGAGUCCCCUGCUCCGCCGGGCCGGGGCUGCAGGGCCACGCGGGACCAGAGACCGGCUGUCCUCACAUCUGGUCCCAUCUGGUCCCAUCUGGUCACAUCUGCACCCCCCACACACUCACUCUAUCCAUUCUUCUUCCUCACUACCGCUCCGUCACUCCAUGCACACUCACAACGAGCGUUGUUCCAUUUCCUGUUUCCUGUUUCCUGUUUCCUGCCAUGGUCCAUUGUCACUGAAGGAUCAAGUGAAUUUAAGCAGCUUUUCUGUUGCUGUUGUUUUUUUUGUUUUUUUUUCACCCUCUCAAGGAUGAUUUUAUAAAUUUAUCGGCGAUAGUACAGCACAGAAAUGUGGUUUAGAUAUCGCCAGAUUCGGCAGAAACUUCGCUUCCGCGCCCAAAAAUAAUGGGUUGAUAGAGGAAGAGAGCCAGAGGAUGAUUACAUUUAGGUAAUUAAUAAUAAAUUAAUAAAACAAAAAUAGGUAAACAAAUAGCAAUACUAAGGAUAAAUUAAUUAAUAAACAAAUAAAUAGAGAAAUAGGGUCCAAUAAAUAAAUAAAUAUAAUAAUAAAAAAUAGUUAAAAGAAAUAACAAUACUAAUAAAUAGAGAAAUAG